UAUUUCUACGUAUCCGUACUACCUACGUACAGACGUCCCAAUCGCCUUGCUAGUCUGCGCUACAACUUAUAGACCACUACGCCACGUCGCUAGAACCUUGAAGGGGCGGGGCUUUGUAUAAGGCCGAGGGUAUUUCUCCGCGGGCAAUGCGCAAAGCAGCAUCGACUCUGGAGUAACUGGCAACGUGCUUAGACAUAAUGACUGACACUCCGCAGCCUGCGGGUCCUGGCGGCUUCCUUCCAUUGCAAUCUCUCCCUUCACCUGCUCCUAGUAGUGCCUCCGCGCGCUCAAGUGCGGCUUUGCCGCAUCCCCGCGCGAGAUCGCUCCGACCAGGUUCCAACAAGGAAGAGACGGUACGCCGGUACGUUGAGGAACGUCUCGCCAUUGUCAAUCGUCGUUAUGUCAAGAAGCAUGGCAAUGCUGAGCCCGGCGACGAUGUCAUAGGCUACAAGAGCUUUACGGAGCUUUGCAAGGACCUACAUAACGUCAUCGACGUCCUGUGGCUGUCCGGAACACCGAGCAUACAGAUUCCCUUCCUCUUGAACAUUGCCAGCGACUUCACGCAGUGGAUUGACGCCUUUACUCCUGCCCCGAGAGCUACCUUCUCCGUCUUGAAAAAGCUGGACCAUUGCUUCGCAAGCCUUUUGAUUGGACGCGAUAUCGAGACUAAAGACACCUUGCCCGGCUUUGAGAACGGCAUGAGAGCUGGCAUGUCUACGACAGAUAUGGUGCGAUGCCGUAGCUCGGUGGAGCAGACACGACUGGUCAUUGUGGAGGUCCUUAGCAAGGAGCCCGACGGAGACGACGGCACGGAAGACGAUGAGACUGACGCAAAUUCCAUGAAUAGCGACACUGAGCUGGAAGAUGCGAUGGACACGCCGUGGAUCGAAGACGAGGACAGUCUCUACAUGGACGCAGCACGAGUCUAUGAGCACACCAUUGUGCGGCUAGGUGAGAAGCUGGGAGAUGUAUUUGGACCCGCGGUUCCGGGCGCGAGCGGUAAUACCAUCUGCUCUGCAGGUUGAAUACUGCCUACACGGCCCAGCAAGUCCUUACGCAGGCCUCGACUUACAAGUCUAUCCAACUACGGCGAGCAGGCCGCAGUAAGAACAUGGGCACCUUCUACCCAGAAGCUGCACAUUGCGUGCUGCCUGACAUUGGUCAGAGAGAGCCAGGGAAUCUAGUUCACCACUCCACGGAACAGUUCAUGGAGCUGGUCCUGCCAGGACCGACAAUGCGACUCACAAGCAGAUGAAAUAAUCGCGUUGCAGUACCAGCAACCAUGAGUUGCCAGUUUUUCAAGCACACGACAGCAUUGCAGGAUACAUAGUACUACUAUUGAUGUUCUGUUGGUUUACUACGGCGUGGGUUGGCUGCACCGUAAUGAAACGUCUCAUUUUUGCUUCGGGAGAGAGGUCGACAACAGUUUCAUGGAUGAAGGUAGCACAUGAAUGAUACAGUCACGCGUUCUGACAUAAGGCAUGGCUAUGCGUAAUGUGGUGAUGCGAUGACUGGACACUGACAG